CAUUUUGUAGUUCAGUGUGUGCGAAGCGGCGGUCGCAGUGUGUGUUGAGCGGCUGUGUGCGUGUGUACAGCGGCAGUUACGCAGUUUUCCCGGGACAGCAUGGCGGACAGUCAGCCUCCCGUGGACACGGGCGUUAGCACCGACGCGGAGACCAAGAAGCUCAGCGAGCUACGGGUGAUUGACCUGAAGGCCGAGCUGAAGAGGCGGAACCUGGACACCGGCGGGAACAAGAGUGCGCUCAUGGAGCGGUUGAAAAAGGCUAUUGAGGAAGAGGGUGGAAAUCCAGAGGAGAUACAAUUAUCACCAGAUACUCCUAGCAAAAAGACUCCAAAGCGAAGUGGAAGAGUUAGAAAGCAAGAGGAAGGGGCAGAAGAUAACGGGCUGGAAGAGGAUUCAGGCGAUAGUCAGGAAAAUGAGGAAACCAGUUUGGAACAAGAAAAUGAGAAAGUGCUCGACAUAUUGGGGGAAAGUGAUAAAUCUGAACAGCUUAAAGAAGAGGCUCCGGAAGGGGAGGAGUCAGUUAAUCAAGAUGACAGUUGUGUUGAAUCAGAAAAGACCAAGGACGAGGAAGAGGUUUUUGUGACAAUCGAAUCUGCAGACAGCACGUUAGAUUUAGAUGGAGAAUCUAAUCAAGAGUGUGAAGCUGAAGACACUAAAGCUUUAGGUGAUAGGGAGUCUAAAGAACAGAGUACACACAAGGACACGGACUUGGUAGAGAUAGAUAAAACGAGUGGUCAGAGUAGCCAAAAGCAACCAAAUCUUGGUGAAAACCUGGAAUGUGAAAACAAACCACUGGAUGAAGGAGCAAAAAAAAUUGAAGGCACGGAGGGAGAAACUUCAGCAACUAGAGAGUCCUCUGCAAAAGAGGACGAUCAGAAAAUGAGUUCGACUGAGGAAGAAACUGAUAAAAGCAUCACAAAAGAUGAAAAAGGGCAAAUUGAUGCAAACUUUGGUAAAAAUCUGUGGGUAAGUGGGCUUUCGUCUACCACAAGAGCAACAGACUUAAAGAACCUCUUCAGCAAGUAUGGAAAGGUUGUUGGUGCCAAGGUGGUAACCAAUGCCCGUAGCCCAGGGGCACGGUGUUAUGGAUUUGUAACCAUGUCCUCAUCUGAGGAUGCAACAAAAUGCAUAAGCCAUCUUCACAGGACAGAGCUUCAUGGAAGGAUGAUUUCAGUAGAAAAGGCAAAGAAUGAGCCUGCUGGCAAAAAACCUUUAGACAAGAGAGAAAAUGAGACGAGAAAAGAAAAAUCUUUGAGUGGUGAUCGACGGCACUCAACAGAAAAGUCAGAAAAGUCUUCACCGAGCAAAAAAGACGAAGUAUCUGAUAAAGGUGAUGACAAAAACACUGAUAAGGAUAAGGAAGAUCACAAAAGUGGAACAUCUGAUCGGUCAAGGACUAGCAAAUCUGGAAGCCGAGGAACUGAAAGGACAGUUGUCAUGGAUAAAUCAAAAGGGGAGCCUGUAAUUAGUGUGAAAACCUCAUCUCCCUCAAAGGAAAGGAGUUCCAAGAGUCAGGACCGAAAAUCUGAGAGUAAAGAUAAGAAAGAGAUACUAUCUUUUGAUAAAAUUAAAGAACAAAGGGAGCGUGAGCGGCAAAGGCAGAGGGAAAGAGAGAUAAGAGAAAUGGAGAGACAAAGGGAGCGAGAUCGAAGAGUACGCGAGAGAGUCCUAAUGGUCCGUGAAAAAGAAGAACGAGAGCGGCUACGAAGAGAACGCAUGAGACUUGAAUUUGAAAGGGAGCGGCUUGAGAGGGAACGGAUGGAGCGUGAGAGACUGGAAAGAGAACGAAUGCGCGUAGAGGAUGAAAGGCGGAGAGAGCAGGAGCGUAUCCAGAGAGAACGUGAUGAGCUGCGCCGCCAGCAAGAGCGUUUGCGAUAUGAACUGGAUCGCCGGCCAGGAGUGCGAAGGCCAUAUGAUGUGGAUGGAAGAAGAGAUGAUGCUUAUUGGCCAGAGUCGAAGAGAAUGGCUAUGGAUGACCGCUAUCGUGAAUUUGGAAGACCAGACAGAUUUCAAGAUUUUGAUAAUCGGGAUCGUGGUCGAUACGUGGAUAAUAACUUCAGAAGAGAUGAAUCAAGGUCUGGCUUGGGAGGCAGGGAUGUGAACUAUCCAGAUCGUCAUGGAAGAGAGCCUCGUGAUGGGUGGGGAGAUUAUGAUAGACGUGUCAGUGAAGGAAGAGGUAUCCCAUCACAUGGAAGGGAUGGCCGCGACUGGGGUGAUCAUGGUCGUAAAAUGGAAGCUGAUCGUACAAGAGCAGGUGGUCGUGGAAUGCCGCCUGGUCCCUCAGGACAAGGACACAUGAAUAGAGGAAUGCAUGGUAAUUUUCUUCAAAACGAGAACUCUCCAAAUAUGUCUGCAACAUUAGGACUUCAAGGAGGAAACUUUGGAGGGCAAAACAGACCUAAUGACCCUCGGUUUACACGUUAUUAAGCAUUUUUAAUAGUUUUAAUGUUUGACAUACUGUACGUUUUUUUUUGUUCCCCUUUUUUUUUUUAUAGAGUUGUGCUUGUAUUCUCAGUCUACUUUACUUUGUAACAAACACAUUCUUCAUAAUCCAUUAAAGAAGAUUGAAAUCAAAAACUAAGCUGUUGCAUAAAGCAAUAUGUUUUGCCAUUUAUUCUCUUUAUUUAAAUGCUGUUAACUAAAAGCUUUUAAGAUUGUGAAAAACUGGUCCAUUGUAUUCAACAUCUAGAACUUUAUUAGUAACACCUUGUUCCACAGCUGUGUUGUAACCUUUAAUAUACGACUCCUUAAUUUUA